CUGAUCAUGCUCUGUCUCUCUCUUUCAAAAACAAAUAAGCAUUAAAAAAAAAGUAUUCCCCAAAUUCAAGAAACAACCUACUGAUAGUCUUAGGGUAGACACAAAACAGAUGUUGCCACCAUUGGGAGCUCAGAGAAGCAGCAGGAGAACAUUUUGGAUGUUGAGAGGUAGAACUUGUGACAUUCUUACCAUAGCGACAUAGUUUUGAAUUUCUAGAUGUCUUGUCAUUUCUAGAUAUUUAUGAAAAUGAAUAAACACAUUUUUAAAAAUUCCAUUAUGGUCAAUGCCAGAGCAAGAAAUGGGGGAAUUUUCUUUAAAUGAAAUCAUUCUUGCAGUAUGCAAGAAACUAAACAGGAAUCUCCCCUCAUUUGUUUUGAAGUCAUAAGCCAAGUGUCAUGUGCUUUCUGUUUUUCUGAUUCUCCUUGAUUCCUAGAUUUUUUUAGUUAUUGCUUCCAAGGGGUACUUCAAAACAGAGGUGUUUUGGUGUGGGUAUUUUGUGGAGGCCUGUGAGAGUUGUUCUUGUCUGAUGUGAGGGAGGGUUGAGAAGAAUACAGGCUAGGUAGAAAUAAAGAUGUAUCUCUUACAAUUUGUAUAGUAAAAGCAGACCAUCAAUUUUAAGAUGCUCCUUAAUGAGCACCUGGGUUACUGUAACAAGGAUCCAGAAAGGUUUUAUUUCUAUGGGAUGCUCCUUUGAAGGUAGCUUUUAUUUUGGGUAAUCUGUUGGGAAACAUACUAGACUAUGCUCAAGAGAUUUUGGCUGCAUUGACAUUUAUGCUAACUGAAUCUCACUUGUAGUAUUUACUAUUAUCUUUGUUUCCUUUCUUAUAUUCUGAGAAAAAAAUGCACUUAGGAAGAUGAAUUUGGGUACAGACCAGGUUAUGUAGGCUCUCAUCUGUGCAUGCGUUCACUCAAAGCCCCUUCCUUUUUUAUUUUGUCCAGGGCUGCAACCUCCAGUCUUGGGUGGCCUUGAGUCACCAUCAUUUAAUUCAAUUUAUGUCAAGCUUAAAAAUUUUUCUCUUACUAUUUUUCUGAUUAUCAAAGUAGUAUGUGCUCAUUAUAGUAAGAGUGAACACUACAGAAAACUGUAAAGUGGGGAAAAUAUUAUCAGCAAGGCAAUUACUAAUCGGCAACUUGCUGCAUUGUUUUUUCUACAUAGUUGAUAUAAAAAGGUUUGAACAUUUGCCUUGUAGUUUUGUUUUUUAACAGCAGACAGUGACAUUUCCCUGUGACAUUACAUAAGUAAUGUAAGUAUUAUUUUUAAUACUGUGAGGUGUUAAUACUGUGAGUAUUUUUAAUACUAUUUUAAUGUGAGGAUAAUACUGAGGUUUAAAAAAGGGGUGCCUGGGUGGCUCAGUCUGUUAAGCAUUGUACUCUUGAGUUCAGCUCAGGUCAUGAUCUCAUGGUUCAUCGGAUCAAGCCCCAUGUCAGCGUCUGUGCUGACAGCUUAGGACCUGCUUGGGAUUCUCUCUCUCCCUCUCUCUCUGCCCUUCCUCUGCUCAUGCUCACUUGCUCACUAUGUCUCACAAAAUAAAUAAAUUAAAUUAAAAAAAUAAAUAGGGGUGCCUGGGUGGCUCAGUCGGUUGAAUGUCUGACUUCUGCUCAGGUCAUGAUCUCGUGGUUUGUGGGUUUGAGCCCCGCGUCAGGCUCUGAGCUGUCAGCACAGAGCCUGGAGCCUGCUUCUGAUUCUGUGUCUCCCUCUCUCUCUGCCCCACCCCCCACUCACACUCUGUCAUUCUCUCCUUCAAAAGUAAAUAAACAUUAAAAUAAAUAAAUAAAUAAAUAAAAUGACAAAAAAUGUAUCACAGUCCAUUAUGAUUUUGUUAAUUUGUGGUUAUUCAAAAUAAUAUUUAUGUGAAUUUAUUUUUGAAUAAAUUACUGUCCAGAUUUCUGACAAUUGUGUUAAGAAAAAUUUUCUAGGAGGAGAAUUAAUAUGUCUGACACCUUAAAUAUUUUAACGGUGCUCAACACAUAUUCCAGGAAAUAUGUACGAAUUUAUACCUUCGUCACCAUUUCGUGAGUCUUAAUGACACUGCAUCCUCACCAGUGACAUUUAACGGUUUUAAAACAAUUCUUCCUGGUUCCACGAUGAAUAGGGCAGUAGUUUGGGCCAAAGGUAAUUUUCCUCCUAGAAACCAUAUAGAAUGGAAUUGUAGGGAGACUCAAAACUAAGUCUAUCGUAAACCGCAGAGACAAUGAAAAGCCAUAAAAUCCAAAACAUGUGUCAGCGUAGGCAAAAGCAACUGAGGCCAGCAGAAUUUGUGCAGGAAGCCCUGCCGAGUGACACAGAGGAAUGGCAGUAUGGGAGGGGCCCUGUUGCAAAUGUCAGUAGUCACAGGCGGAUAAGUAGUCCAACAAGGAAAGAACCCUGUUCCCAGUGGGAACUAAGCUCCAGCAGGAAGUCAUUGCUGUAAGAAAUGGAGAAAGAUUUUUUGUUCCAUUGGUAGCAGAUCUCACAGAACACAUCUUUCAAAAAGGAGUGGAAUGCAAUUGGAUGGAAGGGGGGCUGUGUAACUUGGUGGCAGGUUCCAGUGACGAAGCUGAGGAGCUCAGAAGAGAUGCAUGAACUACCUCUUAAAAACUCCGAGGGACUUCCCAAGGUGCAUCCCACCAGGAAGUAUUCUGGAUGGAUGGCUGCUGGAAUCCCACUGUCAUAGCCAGCUCUUCUUCAACACUUAAGGAUUUACUCUGGCAUUGAGUAAUGAGAAUUUCGAAACCAUAUUUGAGAAGUACUUCCAUCCAGUGCUACUUGUGUUUACUUCUGAACAGCCAUUUUUUAACUGAAGCUUGCAUUCCUGUCUUCAUUUUGAGCUGUAUCAGUGCAGGUCUUCCUAAAACAGAGGCAAACUGGCAGGAUGUAAUAAGUGAUUUGAAAAUAAUUGACAAGCUUAUUCAAUCCUUGCAUAUCGAUGCCACUUUAUAUACUGAAAGUGAUGUUCAUCCCAAUUGCAAAGUAACAGCGAUGAAGUGCUUUCUCCUGGAGUUACAUGUUAUUUCGCUUGAGUCCAAAAAUGAGACCAUUCAUCAAACAGUAGAAAACAUUAUUAUCCUAGCAAACAGCGGUUUAUCUUCUAACAGGAAUAUAACUGAAACAGGAUGCAAAGAAUGUGAGGAACUGGAGGAAAAGAACAUUAAAGAAUUUCUGCAGAGUUUUGUACAUAUUGUACAAAUGUUUAUCAACUCUUCUUGAUUGUGAUUGAUCCCCUUCAGCAUUUCUACUGUUAGCAAACAUCUUCCUGCGGCUUAGAGGCUGUGAAACUCCUCAUUUCAUGCAUGCUGCCCCAAUUUUUUUAACAAGAGGACAAUCUGGAAUCUUGGAUCACACGACCUCUUAGAAAUGAAGGCAGAAAAAUGUCAUUGAGCAACGUGGUGUCUAUGAACUGUCUUCGUACUUAUUUCGUUCAUUUAUUCUUAAUUUAUUAUUGAAAUUGUACAUAUUUGUAGCAUAAUAUAAAGUAUUGAAUAAAAUUGUGUAUAUACUU